AUGUCUGCAAAGAAGGAUUGUGAUAAGGAGAGUUACUUUGCUCUUGAAGUGCCAGAUUUCAAGAAUGUUUUGAAGCAGUUCCAGAAACUAGUUGAAAAAACGGUAACCCAGAAGACAAAGGAGAGAUUAGGCUUGUAUAUUGAAGAUGAUGAUGUGAUAGACUAUGAUAAAUUCUAUACAAUGACACGGACACUUUUUGGUCCAGAAGUCAAGGAUCAUAAUGUUAAGGCCUUUUUCAGGAAGAUUAGCAACAACCUUGAUGCAAGGACAGAAUGGUGUGAGAUUUUUGGCUAUUUCAUAGGAGAAACUGGUGCAAUGUCUUCCCAGCUGAAAAAAGAAAACAUGGUUUUCCUUGUAUCUGCAAAACAGCAGAUUACUCAUACAGUUGUCAAGAAACAAGAUGUGAUUAUGGGUAUAAUGAAGGUGCCCUAUCUGGAUUUCACAGUAACAGCCUCUCAGAAAGGAGUGAUAACUAUUUUUAACAACCAGAUGAGGGUUCUGGCAACCACCAGUGUUGACGAUACUGCUUGGAUCACUGGAUGUGAUUUCCUACCUCAGCUGAAAUGUGUCGUGGCUGUAACUGAACGGACAGUCAUCGUCUGGGACUAUAAAUCAAAAGGGAGUCAGAAUUGCUUUAUCAUCCAACCAAUAGAAAAUAUUCUGCUCUGUGUUUGCACGGUGACAAUGUCAGAUCACCUGGCUGAGGAUAAUAUCCUAAUGGGAGAUGACAAGGGUUAUGUUCACAUGCUUACUAUGUCCAGUGAUCACUUUGCAUUGAAACGACAUAAAGGCAAAAAAGAAUCACAACUUCAGGUCUUGGACUCCAAAACUUUUAACACUGUUAAACGCAAGCUACAUGAUGACUGGGUUCUGAAAGUUAAGUAUAUUUCUGACCUAAAUUGUUUUGGAUCCUGCUCCUCAGACAGCAUUCAUUCAUUUGUUCUGGAUGACAUAAAGCGACUAGAGGACAACUUACCUGUAAAGGAAUUUUCUGUCCCUAGAGGGGUCAAUGCCUUCAUAUACUGUGGAAAAGCAAAAGUCAUUGUCACUGGGGGUCAGGACAGACUGCUUCGUUUGUGGCAUCCUGCUGUUAAUAGUAGGCCUACGGGGAAGCUAUCAGGACACGAACAUAGUGUUGUGGAAAUUGUGUCAAAUGAAAAAGAUCAACAUAUCAUCAGCCUUUCCUCUGCAAAG